CGCUUAGCAGGAUGGCGGAACCAUUAGUAACGUCAUGCUGCCGUUGUUACUCCCUGCGGAGUGGUUCUAUUAUAUCUGGCGUCAUGGGAAUUGUUCUGUCGAUUAUUUCCAUAAUCGUAAUUUUCACCACCAGAGUUGAAUUUAAAACUAUUCUCAUGGAUUGGCUGCCACAGAAUGUAGUGAAAAUCAUAUUUGUGCUGAAUCUCUGUAUGACUAUUUUGAUUUCUCUAUUAAUGCUCCUUGGUGUAUUUAAGAAAAACCAUUUCCUUAUGAUGCCAUGGGUGAUACUUGGAAUUAUGUUGGUAAUCGGAUUGUUAAUUAGCGUGAUAUAUACUGCUGUGGUAUAUUUCAUCGAUGGGUUCGUGCUCGGAGGCACUCUAUGGAUUGUUAUUGGUUUGCUGUCAGUUGUUAUCUAUACUUACAUGUGGGCAGUUGUAUACAGCUUUUUUGUUGUACAGAAGAACGAAAACGAACGUGGACAGUACUCCAAGCAACCAUACCGUCGAUAAACUAGUACAAACAUUAAAGCAAAGGAAUUAAUCGCUUUACCGUGCCUUGAAAUAGCA